UAAAAAGUAAACGACUGAAACCCAUUAUGUCAUGGGAAACUCGAAGUGUGAAACUGUGAACUUUGAUUUAAUGGAACAUUCACAUUCUUUCAAAAAAAAAAAAAAAAAAAAACAGAAAAAAAAUGUUACCUAAAGAAUUUCUGCCUUCCUUAAGGUUGUUCAUUAAUAUUUUUCGAAAUUCGCCAUAUUUUAAGCGGCUCAGAACAGAUGCUAAAAGCCGUGGCAUUAACAGGGGUGUGGGGGGGAUUCCAGAACUACUUAUUCAGAGUUAAAGGACCUAUUCAUAUGUUAAAUGGCAUAAAUCUAUGCAAUUAACCCUUUCACAAAUGUGGCUGUUGUUUAUCAAGGACCUCGUAUCCAAUUUUAGUCUAUACUACUAAGUGUAGCGUCGGGGGAUUUAAAAAAUCAUAGUAUCGGUUUCAUUCGUUUAUUUUAAUAAAUUGCGUAUUUCGGUCUACCGUGUAAAAUGCAUGUCAGGCAUUUGUGCGGUGAGCAAAUGUGAUGAUAACAGUGGUUGUGUUUUAUUUUUUAUCGAGUUUGCAAUACAGUUUUUAGCGACGUGGAAACAUUUUCGUUGAGCAGAAGAAAAAACCAUUUCAGUCUGUUACACAUGUUAGCAUGCAGCAUGACCAUAUUUCUGAUCGCCACAGAAGGCUGAGGAGAACCUGCUCAAACGCGUGGUCAUGUAAUAGCCUUGUUUUCUCAGAACAUAAAUACUUCCCUCCCUGUCCGCCUGAUUGGUUAUUGUGUAUUGACUAAUCCAUAUAUGAAAUAAGCGCCAUUUUGGUUCUAAGCCUGAGCUGUGCAUAGUAAAUUGGAAGUCUGAGGAUUGAGCCAAGCUGUUCGGAAAAACGGACAGUUACCUGGGCUGGUCUUUGCCGCCAAUUUCUUAUUGGUCUACGUCAAAUAAUAUUUACAUAGACACACCCACAAAUAGUUCCCUCCUCCGUGGAUGAGGAGUUCGCGGACAAGCUCAGUUCCAGCGGCAGUUGCUAAGAAAGCGAGGGACAGAGGGGCAGUAGCUGGAGGCAGGCUCCUAAAAUAAACGGUACAUUUGGAAGUUUUUGGAAUAAUAUACAUCUCCUGAAAAGAAGUGACAGGGUUUGAAACUUCAAAGUGAUCAAACACAGGAUUUUGCUUUCUGAAUACUACGGAUCAGUCACGGAGAGAAUACAGGCACAUGUAGAGUGGCACCAUCUGGUCACUGAAUAGCUGUGUCCUCUGAACCAGAGAAAAUGGCCCCAGCUUUGACAGAGACGGCCACGGACGGCCAUGGAAUCCACCUGUCUUCCCCGCUGGGGUCCAGCGGCAUUGACCUGGACGGGUCCCUCUUGGGCAUGGAGCUGGACCCGCAGCAGAAGCUGAUGGAGGAUGAUUGCUCCCAGACGGCCUGGCUGAACCUCACCUUCCUGCCCUCCCCUGACGCCUGCUCCAAGGACGCCCUGGAGCUCCAGACUCCAUUCCUGUCCCCCCUGGUACAGUCCUCAGGGAGCUACAGAACCAUGCUCCAGUCCAGCCCCGGGACCCUUCUCAACCUGCUCUCCCUGAACAGGAGCCUGGCCAGCCCUGUGUUGCCAUGUUCACAGGGCCUGGAAGCUUACAUCCUGUCUGGCCCGGAGCCUGGAGGCCAGGGGGCAGCACGGGCUAUCCGGGGUGCGAGCCCAAAGCCCCCCCUGCCAAAAGAGCGCUGCCUCAGGGGGGCGGAGCCCCUGGCCCAUUCUCUGCUCCUCACAUCUCCAUGGGUCAAAGGUGAGAGGGAGCUAGGCUGGCCCCAAACCCAGGCCCAACCCAAGAGCGCCGAACCGAAGCAGACCGCGCUGGUCCGGACGCAGCUGUGUCGCUCCCGGCAACACGCCCUGCUGGGACAGGCCGCCCGGGUCCAGAAGAGGCUGCAGGCCCUUCUCGGGGAGCACGCGCUACGCCACUGUGGCCUCCAGUUGGGCAGGCUGACGGAGGCGCUCUCCGGAGACCGCUCCCUCCCGUGGUCACGCUCGCCCACCGAGUCCAAGCCGUUCCACACCCCCGUGGGGUUGGAGAUGGACGAGGAGGGGGCUCUGUGGAGCAGCCUUGCCUUCUCUCCUCCCCCUCAGAAGGUACCCUCUCCCCUGCAGAAGUCUGCAGACAUCCGGACGUUCGUCUGUUCCGCCCGAGCUGUGGUGGGCGGGGUGCGGAACGCCCUGGACUCAGACGCCACAGACAGCAGCUCUGAUGAGGAAUGGGACAUCGAAGGGGCUCAAGGAUCCAACUGCCUGCCUGUGUGGCAGGGGCGUGAGUGGAAGUGGUGGUCGGAGCGGGCGGAGAUCGGUAGCCGGUGGACCUGGCUGCAGGUUCGAGUCUCGGAGCUGGAGUUCCGGAUCCAGCAGCUGAGUGACCUCCAGAGGCAGAUCAGCUCCACUAAGGGGGGCGUGGUCUUGGCGGAGACCCCCAGCGGCCGGAGCCACCAGGCGCUGCUGGCGGGGGAGAGGGGGGAUUGCGACUCCCGCGACUUCACCUCCGACCCCGAGCUGGAGCCCAGCAGCCCCACACGGCUGCUGAGGAACAUCGAGAAGCAGAGUGCCCAGCUGACUCGGAUUGUCAACAGCCUGAUGCCUCCCUUCGGAUUCUCCCCUUCCUCAUCGCCUACGUCCAAACCGCCCUGCCGGUGGAAGGGGCGGAGCAAAAGGAGCCUGAGCAGUGACCAGUGUUUCCCGGCCAACCUGUUGCCGGGUCAGGGGGGGGUGAAGAGGCGGCGGGUGUGUCGCAGGAGGCCGAAGCUCGCCCAGCAGGACAGCACCUGCGUCGCCGCCCGGACACGCCCCCUGCUGACCUAUCACAAGCCCCGCCUUUUCACCUUGGACCCGCCUACCUGCCUGCACAGACGACAGGGUCAGGUGACCAUCCCCAGCUGUGACCCCUGUGACCCCCCAGCUGCACACGCACACCCCUCACAGGCCAGCGACCGUACCUCAAGGGGGUGGUGUGGGGAGGUGGAGCGGAUGAGGCCACACCCAGUCAUUUCCCUCACCUCAGAGACUCCACUCCCCGUCCUGCUCCAGAGUGCCCUCUGCAGGGAGGACUGGGUCCAGCGGGCAGCUUCCGUAAAGACGGAGGAUCCAGGUCCGUGCAGGUGCCCCAGCUUUGGGGGCAAAGAACACCAUUUCCCAGCUCUCUUUGGGUGCGGUCACACCGAAGUGCAUCAUGGGAAGAGAUCCAGGAGGGCCUGUGGGGUGGGGUCACCGGUCAGGUGGACGCCCGCUGCUCAGGGCUGCCCCAGGCGGGCGUGGCGAGGAGGGAGGAAAAGACAGCACAGCGACUGGAGGGCGGAAGAUGGAGAUGUUUUCUUGUCGAACUAUUGCCUCCCGCCGACACCUGAGGACAGCCCACCUGACCUCAUGACCCCACGGUCCAAUCAGACUCACAAACAGCCUUCACAGAGCUUCGCGCGUCGGCGUCUCCGUGGCGAGUGUUUCUAUGACAUCGACGACAUCGUUAUUCCCAUGUCCCUGGCGGUCAGCAGCAAGGUGGAGCAGCUGCAGUAUAAGAACAUCCUCACGCCUAGCUGGCGAAUCAUCAACAUGCUACCUCUGGAGGAGAGGGAGGGGGGCGGGGACGAGGUGGAGGUUCUGCUGGACGGGGCCUUCUCUCGCCGGCACCAGGUGGGAGAGCACCGGGAGCGCCUCUGCUGGUCCUCCUGGGCACGUGGGCGGGGUCGGAGGCGGAGUCGCAGGGGUGUGAUCUCUCCCUGCAGGUCCUCCAGCAGCAAAGCAGGCAGCAUCCUGGACGUAGCCCCGUCUGCAAAGGGCUGCGCAGCCUUGAGCAGUCUGGCUGCGCAGGUGGACUGGGACUGUGUCCACCCUGCUGCAGAUACUGAGGAUAGCUUUCAAGAAUGCGCAUUCCUGCUGCCAUGGGAACGGCGGACUUUCCCCCUGUCUGAGGAAGAUGAGGAGGCCCUGAAGCCUGAGGAGGACUCUCUGGCCUCUCUGCGGUCGGACAGCGAGGGGACUGAGUUCUGCAGCACAGACACCUGCUCAGAGCACAGCCUCUCUGGCACUGACUGUUGCGCCACAGCUCUCUCUGCUGGAGGCAUGAGGCAAAACAUGCUGAUGGCUAACAUGGGGAAUUAAUUGGAUUUCGCAAAGCCAGCUGAGAUUUCUCCACAGCACUACAUUCAGAGUACAGGCCCUUUCUGGACCAUGCGACAGAAGGGGAGAGGCCAUCACCUCCUGUGAUCCGUGAAUGCAAACACACACUCACAGGAAGUGACAUCACACCCACCAUCGAUUGGAGUGGUCUACAUUCCACCUCGACAGUCCUUUUUUAUAUGUUGCCUGUUUUACGAGACAGAAAACAACAAAUCAGUUUUUACCAUCUUUUCUACUGCCCCAGUCUUUUUGUUCCCUACAAAAGAAGGUUCUUAAAAUGGACGGCUGUGUUCUGUGCCCAUACGGGUGUUUAGUUUCUCAUUCUGCAGGAGACUGAUUUAACCUUUUUGGUUGUUAUAUAAUCUGCAGAUUUAGUGGUUUACCAGUCUACUGAAAGGUAACUGACCACAGUGUAUAUAGUUAAACUGUUAUAUUUAUUUUUUACAUUUUGGUUGCCAUUUUUAAACUUUCAAAAGAUCUGUAAAAUUGUUGGUGUAUUUUCAUUUAUGUUUUUUAAACAUUUAUGUCAAUGUUUUUUUUAAAUGGUCUUCAUUCAGCAUUUCCUUUCUGUCAGAAUGGAUAUAUUGUCAAUUACAUGCUAUACAUGCCACUGCUUUAGCCUGAACCAUCCAUUUUGACAUUUUUGUCUGUUUUCACAUUACGGUACAGUAUAUUGGUCAUUUUGACCAACUUUGGGUGGGAUUGUAAUGUAUAUUACAUCAUUAAAAAAGGUACACAUUGA